AUGAUAAUCUUAAUAGAAAAAGAAAAACCUGAGGAAUCUGAAUCACCUCAAUCGGAAUUGCAGAUUCUGGGAAAUCUAAAUAGCCAGGCCUCUACUAGCGAAUCAGGAAAUCAGCCUGAUAAAGUUCCAGAGGUACAGGAUUUGGAUGCUGAGGCAUUAGCAGUUCUGGGUGAAAUAAACAUAGAACAGGAAAAAGGUCCACCUCUUCACCCUGAAAUUGCAAACAGAUGGACACCCAUUCUGAGCAAAGGCCUAAAAAAGGAAGAUAAGAGAGAGCUUAUGCAAAAAUAUAUGCCAUUCGAAAAUGUGCCAAGUUUAAUAGCACCAACUUUGAACCCUGAAUGUAUCUCAGCAAUUUCAGCAUCUAUGCUAAAAAGGGAUACAAUUAUUAAAGAAAAACAAAAACAAAUUGCUGCAGUAUUGACUGCUAUUGGCUCUGGUUUAGAGUCCAUAUUAAAGAACGGAGACAAAAUAGAAAUAAUCCGUAAUAUAAAUGAUUCAUCCAAACUAUUAUGUGAUUAUUUUCAAUCUGAGACCAACAAUAGAAAAAUUUUAAUUACUAAUGCAGUAAAUCACAACCUUAAAGAGACUCUAAAGGGUGACUCAGAUAUGUUCUUAUUCGGAACAAACUUAGCAGAAAGAAUAAAGAAUGCAAAAAUUAUACAGAGAUCUGGAAAAGAUCUGAAAGAAAAACAGGAGCGACUUAAGGGGCCAACAAAGACUUUAAACUGGCGGGGCCCUCCUCAGUUGAGCACCAGGCUGGGGGGGGAAGAGAGUAACCAAGCCCAAAAACAAGCAGCAGCAACAACAACAGAAACCACUGCCUCCUUGACGAUAUUAGAGGUUCCUACACCACAGGUAGGAAGACUGCAAUAUAAAUAUAUAUAUAAAUAA